CCGGGCUCUUCCGGGUGUAUUCACUGCUUUCAGAUCCUCAAAGUAAACACAGUAGUUUUAUUAGCAGUCCUCAGUUGUACACCGAUGUGGUGCUCCACCGUGAAAGCCGCAAACCCCUCAGAUAUGACAGAGUUUUGUUUCCAGUUACAUGCUAACGCGCGAUGCUAACGUUAGCUUACUAAACUUGUGAGCAGCCGGGAGUUGUGGUGGAGUUUCUUCAGGUGAGCAGACGGAGGUGAGGGGGAGGAGAUGGGCUCUGUCCGCUGGGCUUUCCGGUGCGGCUCGUGGACACCGAGCAGGUCUGACUGGCUGUUUGCUGCUCGCUGUGUCCAGCAGGAGGAGAAAGACAGAAUCGGACAGUUUGUGUUUGCUAAGGAUGCUAAGUCAGCCAUGGCUGGCAGGUUGAUGCUGAGGAGGUUUGUGUGUGAGAGGAUGGGGAUCCCCUGGUCAGAGAUCCGACUGGAGCGAUCACCCAGAGGGAAACCUUACCUGGCAACACCACUGAAGGUCAGUCCAAAUUCAGGCCCCGAACCCCCGUCCUGGAGUUUCAACCUGUCCCACCAGGGGGACUACACUGUGCUUGCUGCGGAGCAGGGGCUGCAGGUGGGAGUGGAUAUCAUGAAGACCACUAUGCCAGGUAGCAGCUCUGUGCCUGAGUUUUUCCGCAUCAUGACUCGUCAGUUUACAGAGUACGAGUGGAGUGUCAUCCAAUCAGCUGGUUCGGAGCAACAGCAGCUUGCCGCGUUCUACCGCCACUGGGCCUUGAAGGAGAGCUUCAUCAAAGCCAUCGGCACGGGUCUGGGCUUCAACCUGCAGAGGGUGGAGUUUCAUCUGUCCUCUGAACCGCUCACACAGAAAUGUGUGCUGCGCCAGACCAAGAUGCAUCUAGAUGAGGAAGAAGAGGAGGACUGGACAUUUGAAGAGAGCUUGCUGGAUGCUGACCAUCACGUUGCUGUAGCACUGGGACCAUCCAACACAGCAGGCGCUGCACCUCUCCGUCCAUCUCUUCCUCCUCCCACCUCAUUUACACUGCUGUCGUUCACCGACCUCAUCGCCUCGGCCUCACCUCUGACAGAGGAAGACCCCGCCUGCUGGGACGGUUUCAAGAUGAAGGCUGAAGCUCCACAGAGACAAAGAGAAACGCACACGUCCAAAUAAACACCUGUCUAACACUGACACUCUCCUUCCACACACACACACACCUUUCAUAAGUGCCGACAAAGAGACACUGACACUGAAGCUGCUUUCUUAUUCAACACAAGUCCAGUCAAGUCAAGUUUAUUUAUAGAACCAAAGAUCACAGGUUUGUCUCAGAGGACUUCAGAAUCCAUACAGCAUAUGACACCUCUGAUCUUUAGAGCCUCGGUUCAGAUGAAGAAAAACUUCACACAAAAAAACCCUCUACAUACUGGAUACACACACACGCAUGAUUACAAUGCAGUACAUGCAAACAUUUAAUGUCGGUCAGUAGAUUGAUCUUGUGAAUUGUAAUAACUUCCUGUGUAAUUUCAGAAUACACGUUGUCCAAGAUUCUGCAUUGAGCUCCUUUUUAUUGAUCCUUGUAUAACCAACAGCCAUCAAACAAUACAUUUGACUGAAAGAAAUCUGCAAUAUACCAUGUACAUGAUGUAUAAUAUGUAAUAUACUCAUUCAUAGCUAAUUCACAGGCUGUUUCAGAGAUGAAUAGAUGAUGGUUAAUUAACCAUAUUUACUUUUUUUCAGUCAAAUCCCUGUGUGGAUCUGAUCAAAUUAAGAGUUAGACUAAGGGACAAUGUCUGCGCAGGGUGUUAAUGACAGAAACAUUUUUUACUUGAGGAAAUAAUUCUGUCACCGUCUCUGACUCUCUGUGCAAUGCAGAGCAACAUAUAAAGAUUUUGAUAAACAAUGUACUCGUAUAUUUGUGAUCUUUUCAGUCUUGCUCUCGCUCUCCUUUCUAGGUCCUGUCGCCUUCUAGACUUUGGCCCAAUUCCAAGCCGGCCCCUAAAGACUCAAGCCCUGAACCCUCACUGACUUAACUGACGUCAGCUGUAAGUGAUUGAGUGUGAGAGUCUGAAAAGGCUCCGGAUGCUACAAAUAGGAAUGGGACAGCACUUAUCCCCCUCUCUACAAAAUGUUGUUAACAUUGGCGGCUCUGGGCGUGAUCAUUUAUCGGUUUUUGUCAUCAUAUAUUCCACACACAAAGAAUAUCUAUCUAUCUAUCUGUCUAUCUAUCUAUCUAUCUAUCUAUCUAUC